AACCAACAUGUAACCGUUUUAUCCAGACAAGGCCGGGACCAGGACGGUCCGGUGGAUUUUAAAACUUUCUCAUGAGGUUUUUUCGAGUUUUCUGUCGUCUCUGCAGUAGUACCAGGCAAGGAUCUUGCAAGUAGCAAGCGGGGACCCUUCUGCACGGAAAAUUGCAGUUCUUAGGAUUUUUUUCUCAAUAUUUUUCGUGAUUUUUCCACUUCCGGAUUCACCGGUGUGCAGGACCGAGUUUUUGAGCCUUUUGUUGGUGGAAAUUUAAAUUCGUCUUUUAUGGCCAUCGGAAACGGAGACGCAAAGAUGGACUAUUUCGGACAAGCUCCUGCCGAUCCAGAGCAGUCGCUGCAAGAAAUGAUCGACUCUGAUGUCCGGGACCAAAUGCAGGAGAUUUUGAAGGGCGCAGAGGAUUUUGCCGACAACACGAACCUGAUAAAUAUGGACUUGGACAAAAUGCUGGAUCUGCCGAGCGACUUGCAGAACCUGACCUGGGACAGUCCCGACUUCCAGCCGCUGUCGUCUGCAGAACAGGCACAGUACCUGACCAGUCUGAAUGACUCGUUUGGUGAUGAGAACUUGAUGGUGAAUCCGCAGACUGGUCUGCCGGUGACCCCACAGAAAGGUCAGGUCAUCACCACGGCGACCAUGACAGGGACGCCGACCGUCACCUCCUCACAGGGGAUGACUUCCCGGCAUGCCAUAGAUCAGGCGCUGGGGCACGUACAACCCCCGCAGCCGCAUUUUGUGACAAAUUCACAACCAGUUACACAAGGUGUUGGAGUACAAGGGGUGUUCACGGCCACCCAGUUCCAGGCGUCGCCUGUUCCGUCCAUGCAGCAGCUCCCCCAGCAGUCCCCACAGGUACUGCAGGCCCAGUUCUUCCCCCAGUACAUCAACGUCCUGCCAGCGUCCAACAACCAGCCCCUCUCUCCGACCUAUGUCACCCAACCAAUGACGAGGCCCCUGCCAGUUACCAUGGCAACCAGCGUGACCACGCCCAUCACCCAGACCCACCGGCAGCUGGACCAAACGUCGGAGCCGGCUCCGAAGCAGCCCAAAAUCGCGCAGAAGGACAAAACGGAGACCGAGAAGGUCUACCCGAAACCCGCGUACUCCUACAGCUGCUUGAUAGCGAUGGCGCUAAAGAACAGCAAGACGGGAUGCCUGCCCGUCAGCGAGAUAUACAACUUCAUGUGCGAUAACUUUCCUUACUUCAAGACUGCUCCGGACGGGUGGAAGAACUCGGUGAGACAUAACCUGUCGUUGAACAAGUGUUUUGAGAAGGUGGAGAAGAGCACGGGAGGCACCAGUAAGAAGGGGUGCCUGUGGACUCUGAACCCGGCCAAGGUUGCCAAGAUGGAGGAAGAGGUUCAGAAGAUCACGAGAAAAGAUCCGCAAGCCAUCAGACGAUGUAUGGCAAAUCCAGAAUACCUUCCAGACAUAGUAAAGGAGGGCAAGAAGUUCUGUGCUAACCCCUACCCCAAACCGGUAGAGAGCAACUUCAAACCUGUGGAACGUGUGGAACCCGUCGCGAAUCCGAUCCCUCGGUUACCGGACGACCAAACGACGAAAGACGCCGUGAACGACCUACUGAGGGUGGAGACUAGUUUGAUGGACCCGCAGGUACUAUAUUUCUUGGAGGUUGACCCACCGUUGACCUCUGCCUCCACCCAUCUCAACAACUCCCUCCUGGACGACCUGAACGCCCUUGGGGAGGACGGACUUCUCCUGGACACGAACGUCACCAGUAGCCUCACGUCCACGACGACCACCGACAUGGAUUUCGGACUGUUCGGUCUCGGGUCAUACUCCCAACUAGAGAGCACGCGCGCGCAGCUCAACAGUAGUCCAGUGAAAACUGUUACAGCCUUUACAUAGAUAGAACUAUGUACUUAAGAUCAUGGUCAACUUGGAAUGGAAAGCUAUUUGCUUUUCCUUGUCAGCUUCCUUGCUAGUUUUUGAAAGGAUUCUUAGCUUUGCAUAUCAAAGAAAGUAACCAAUGUCAGACACUCUCUGUCUUCUUAAUACGAGAGAAAAAAAUAAGGUUGUCAUGUAUUUGAUUACAUUACUAUUUCCAUUCUUAGGUGAAAGAUUUCGCUUCAGAGACUCUUAAUACAGUAUGAAGUACUGUAGUUACAUCUGGGAACUGUCCUGCUGUCAAGUCUAGGCCAGGAUUCACUGCCAGUAUAGAUAUUACAUGCUUUCUGAAUGUACUAGUAGCUUAGAUGAACAACAAAUUAUGUACAACUUUUUUUCCUCUUUUGAAAGUGAGAUAAUGUUCUAGAGUGCAGAGUAUGUUACCUCUAAGAAAACUGACCAGUGUUAUGUCACCAAUGGACUAAGUACUGUCAAAGCAAAACGUCAUCUCCAAAUAUUGUCAGUUUUCCUUAAUAACUUCUCCGUUUUGUAUUUUGCAAUGUCUUGUACAGAUUUCUAGAAUUCUCUAUCAUUGUGUUUUUUAACAUAAGGAUUUGUAAACUGAAGUAGGUGGCAAAAGCGGUUGCGGUUCUAAGAAAGUGUAAUACGAAAUUUGGGUGGCAUUGCUUGCGUGUAAAUAUGCUUUUAAACAGGUAACAUGCUUUUAGAUGAAAUAACUAUCAGAGCUUUUAAGAAACCCUUUUAGUUUAUCAGAUGACAAGUCACAUAUCAAAGCAUAUGCUACAAGAUGGACUGAUGUCAACUAUUGUUUUAUGUGAUGUAACAUCAGUAUUACAAUGUACCUAUAGUGUUAGUAUCUGAAAGGUUUUAAAGUUGUAUUUUGUCAUCUUUCUCCUUGGAAAAACAAGUGAUUGUCACCACAAUUGUUAUGGAAAAGAAUCCACUAUAAGCAAUAAGCUGAUAACUUUCCAUAGACAAAAAUUAUGAUGUAAAAAUUGUUGCUUUCUGCUGUACAUAUUUCAUUCAUCACUUUGAAAAUGACCAUGCUAAGAUGAUGAUGAUACAGGAAUGGACCACAGAGGAACCUGACAUCAUUUCCAAAAGCAUUCACUGAAUCAAAUGCUUGAAUUUUCAACUGAAUUUUUGGCUAUCAAAAUCAAGUCUAAAUUGGGCUCCACUACCUGAUGAAACUAAGUACAAGUUCUCUUCUUUGCUAGCUGACAUUCUGUGUUGCAUUUGGCAAAGCAGGGGAAGAACUGGGUACACAAAAAUACUGUGAAAGCCAUUGAGUUUAUACUUUAAGCCAUCAAAGUUUGCUGGAUCCCCUGUAUUCAUCUCUUAUAAUUAAUGUGUGAAACUACUGAAAGCUUUUUCUUAUCAAAAGGUUUUCUACUGUCUACAAUAAUUCAUCCCACGAUCAUUGUGCAAAUCGCUACAUUUAAGACUUGAUGCCUUCUAGAUCUAUGAGUUGGGUUUUGUAAUGAUUGUCUUGCUUCAUUGUUUAAAAAAAUCCAACCAACCAAACUUUUUGGAGGCUCAUUUUGUGUAAAGUAUAUAAUUAAAUGUGCGUGUUGGUUUCCUAUAGGAAGAGUACUGUGUAUGUUGUCCAAAUAGGCUAAGUAUAAUGCCCUAGGCAUGUCUCUGUACAUACGGCCAAAAAAUAUACCCAAUCAAUAAAAAAAGUGCACCUGAUCACUAUUUUGUUCAUAG